AUGGAUGUGGUCGAACCUGCUGGUACGAAGCUCGUAGGAGCUGCAUUAAUCAAGGAGGUGGUCUAUUCUCCGACAAGGGUGAGUCUGAGGCUUGUUGGAGUGGUGGCUGAGCACACUCUGGUGCGGGCUGAGCGCUUAAUGCAGUCCAAAAAUCUGGAAUGCAACAAAGGGGUUGUUAGCAGUGAAGCCAUUGUAAGGUUGCUGUUAACUGUAAGGAAGAUCGUCCGAUUAGCGGAAGUUGGGCUAAGUCCCUUUUGUAAUGUCAAGCUCUAA